GGGGGAGGGAAGCUGGUUAAAUACGAUAUUUACCAGAGGAAAGCACACGAACAGUGGAAUGGUGGCUGCGGGAUGUGGUGGGGUUUUGCGCGGGGAAAGCACGCUCGAGCCUCUUAAGAAGCUCGACGAACGAGUGCCGUGCCGUGCAUGAGGUUAACCUCGGGCUCGGUUAUGAGCGUUCCGGCAGAUGUGUUUGACGUGUGAUUGACUUCGAAGCGAGCAGGAAUUGGUAAAAGCUCGUGCGGGAGGUUUGUGAAGGAGGAUGCCGUUCGCAUGCAUGCCUUUUGCUCCAUGGGCUCGAAAAUGCUUGUUUAGACUCGUACCGGCUGCUGUACACACGCUAUGCUGGCCCCGAUGCUCCUUGAUGCACGACCCUUGUAUUGCUCUAAUCAAGUCGGCCAGCAGGACCGCCAGCCCGGUUGUUGCUUUAUGCAGAGACAUAGGCGAAGCGCUCGUAUGGCGACCAUUUCCCAUAUGUUCUGCCUUCACUCUGCGCCUGUCGCCUUGAGGUGUAGG